AUGCCGGACGAGAAAAAGAACGUCGACUAUGAGUCGGGCAUAACCACCUCGUCUCUAGAAGGUGAAUCUAUCGACCAUACCCCAGAAAACCUUGGGUUUUUCGGUCGUAUCAUUGAUGGUUUCAAGCCGGCUAUCGUCCCUGGAGUGGUGGCCGGAAUGACUCAAAAAGAGAUUAUCGAGCUCCAGAUGGAACACUCGCCGCUCAAGCGUAAUUUAAAGGGCCGCCAUAUCACUAUGAUUGCCAUCGGCGGCUGUAUCGGCUCCGGUCUUUUCGUAGGUUCCGGAGCUUCUUUUCAACAAGGUGGCCCCGCUGGUAUUAUUAUUUCUUUCGUCGUCACCGGCCUUAUAUUAUUCUGUGUUAUGCACUCCCUCGGUGAGUUGGCUGUACGCUAUCCUGUUGGUGGUUCUUUUUACGUUCACUCCUCUCGCUUCCUUGAUCCGUCGUGGGGCUUCGCCAUGGGUUGGAACUACGCCCUGCAGUGGCUUGUAACAUUCCCUCUUGAGCUCAUUGCCACUGCUAUGUCCCUCGACUUCUGGAAAGACGAUAAUAAUGGAGCCGUGAAUGUUAAUAAAGCAGCCUGGAUCGCAUUGUUCUGGUCCGUUAUUGCUGCUAUCAACUUGUUUGGCGUGCGCGGCUACGGUGAGACUGAAUUCGUGAUGUCCUUGAUCAAAAUUAUUGCCGUCGUUGGAUUUUGUAUUUUUGGUAUUAUCAUCGCUGCUGGCGGCGGUCCACAGCACCAUUAUUAUGGUGCUCACUAUUGGUAUGAUCCCGGUGCGUUCGCUCACGGAUUCAAAGGAUUUGUUUCAACCCUCAUUAACUCUGCAUUUGCGUUUUCUGGAUCAGAGUUUGCCGGUCUCGCAGCAGCUGAAACCCAGAACCCGAGUAAGCAUCUGCCAAAGGCUGUAAAACAGGUGUUCUGGCGUAUUCUCCUGUUCUAUAUUGUUUCCAUGACUGUCCUGUCGAUGUUGGUGCCUUAUAAUGACCCAAGACUUGGAGGAAGCGAUGCCCGCUCCUCUCCUUUUGUCAUUGCUAUCUACAACUCUGGUGUUAAUGCACUUCCAAGCAUCUUCAACGUCGUCAUCAUGCUGGCCAUUUUAUCGGUGUCUAACUCUUCGGUCUAUGGUUGUACUCGUACCCUUGCAGCUUUGGCCACUGAGGGCCAUGCUCCCCGCUGCUUUGCCUAUAUUGAUCGCCAGGGUCGCCCACUUGUGGCUACUCUUGUGACACUUGGCUUUGGCUUGUUGGCAUUCCUCUGUGCCACUCCUGACUAUGUCCAAGUAUUCGAUUGGUUCCUUGCAUUCUCAGGUCUGUCUUCAUUAUUCACUUGGGGAUCUAUCUGCUUGUCGCAUGUUCGUUAUAGAGCUGGCCUCAAAUAUCACGGGAUCCACUUGGACCAACUUUCGUUUGUCUCUGUAGUUGGCAUCCCAGGUGCUUUUAUGGGUUUCGUGGGUAACCUACUUAUUAUCUGCCUGGAGUUCUGGAUUUCUUUGUAUCCGGUUAGAGUUCCAGGUGAUGAUUCUCACUAUCCUGACGCUGAGGCAUUUUUCAAAUUGUACCUCUCCGUGCCAGUCACAAUCGGCUUCUAUGCAGCACACAAGCUUUGGUAUCGUACACCAUGGUUUGUCAAAGCUAAAGACAUGGACGUUUUUACUGGUGCUCGACAUAUUGAGCUUGACGAGGCUCGGGCAGCUAAAGCUGAACGAAAGGCCAUUUUGGCUCAAAGGAGCUGGUUGUAUAGGGUCUAUAACUUCUGGUGUUGA